CACUCCAGAUUUUUGAGGCUGGAGAAUCUACAUCUAGGCUUAAACAAUUCUCAGUUACUCAUUCUAUACAAUCUCAAUUUAAUUUCUAUAUAGAUAGAUCUGUAAUUAAUAUUGGUACUAGACAAUAUACAAUGG